UCAAAUUCAAUUAGUCACAUGACGUGAGAUGUCCCUUCUCCUUGUAACAAAAUUGUGCACGAAAUACGAAUCUUUAAAAAAUACAAAUAGUUUUAUAGCGAUUAGGAGAUCUCGUAGGUUUAUAUAUAAUUAAAAAAUACCAAUUAGCCGUAUUUUAUUGCCCUGGUUGACAUAAAAUUACUAUGUUGAGUGGAAAUUGUAAAUGGUAUUGCAACAGAAUAAUAAGUUAUUACAAGGCUGAUAGAACAAUAAAUAACUGCUGAAGAUGCCUUCUCAUUCUCAAGAGGAAGAGGAUAAGCCUUGCAGAGCGUGUUCGGACUUCAAAAGUUGGGCAAAACUGCAGAACAAAACCAAAAUGACCGCUCCAACCAAACCGUAUUCACAACACAAGGAUUGCCCUUUGGACAAGGAUGAGCUGGGGCGCUCGACGUGGGGCUUCUUGCAUUCAAUGGCUUCAUAUUUCCCCGAGAAGCCUACAAAGUCUCAGAGUGCGGAUAUGACAAAGUUCUUUAAUAUUUUUGCACAGUUUUACCCAUGCGAACCUUGUGCAUUGGACUUUCAGGAAGACAUUUCAAAAAACCCACCAAAGACAAAAUCUAAAGAUGAACUAGCAAAAUGGCUGUGCGAGAGACAUAACACUGUGAAUGCUAAACUCAGAAAGCCACAGUUUGACUGCAGUAAAGUGCACGAGAGGUGGCGAGACGGCUGGCUGGACGGCUCCUGUGAUUAAGAUUUACUCUUUUCACAGUAGAAGUAUUACUUACUAAAAUGUUGGCAAUGCAAUUAGUGCUCAACACAUCAAAGGUGCGUAGAUGGAAUGUAUGUUAUAAUUAGUAGACGCCGGCUACUUCAUUCGCAUUAAAUACAGUUUUUCACAAAUCCCAUGUGGAACCAUGGAUUUUUCCUGGAUAAAAAGCAGCCUAUAUGUCACACAAUAACAAUCUUCCAAUGACAAUCCCAUUAAAAUUGGUUAAGCCUUUCUAGAGAUUAACCCAGACAAACAGACAAAAUUUUUAAAAAUGUUCAUUUGUGUUUUAGUAAAGGGUAAAUACUUAUAAGCACUUGAUAAAACACAGUUAUUUUGAAUAGACUUCCAAUUUUAAAUUAAAUUUUACUAACUUCCAAUUUUACUGUACAUUUUAUUCUCAUUGCAAAUAUUACACCACCAUUUAAAUAAUAACUUGCCAGUUAAAUGUGAGGUAAAGAGCAAUGAAAAGGCUUGAGUUUGUCAAGCCUAUUUAUUGGUCUUAACGGAUUCUAAAUGUUCAAUCUUACCUCAUAAUAUGUAUUGUUUCUUCAACCUUUUAUUGUAUUGAUUUAGAUACAACAACAGGUAAACUCAGUCUACACAAAAACUUGUUUUACAUUCUUGAUAAGAUAUAAAUUCGAAAUCUAUGUUAUUCUUAAUGUUACAUUGAGGUAAAAUUAUCUUACCACUAGAAAGCUGCGUUAUUUCUGAGUGUCAUAGGCUAUAUAUUUUAUCCCAGUUUUCUCAUGAGAACAGGAACUAUAUUAUAAUGGUGAAACUAACUAAUUAUAGAUAUUUAGGUAAUAUUUUUACUGUGAAUUUGAUAACUUAUACACUUAUAGAGUAUUUUGUAAGAUAAUAUGUAAAUACUGUUUUACUACAUGCUGCAAUGAACAGUGUUAUUACAUUUUUAUUUUUUAUAUUGGUUCCUAAAUAUUAGUUGCAAUUCUGUAAAUAGAAAAUAUGUACUUAUUUCAAUCUAAACUCUUUACUUUCUACUUUCAUAUUAUUUAUGAAGAUAGAAUUGGUACAUUUAUUUAAUUGGUUACUGAUUGGUAUGGUACAUUUAUUUAUAACUUGUUCUACAACUGCCAACCAAAUCAGAGAACAAUUAUUUAUGAAAGACAGAUUGUUAUAAUGAAAAUUUUAUAAAGACAUAUAUUACUAGAAAUUGUAAAUUGUGUUAGUAGUUUUUGUACAAAUUGCAUUGGAAUAAUCUAAUUAAUGAGACUUGUGAUUGUAAUAAAGUAAAAUAAAGGUUGUUAUAAAUAGUUA